GAGGCGGGGCCGCGGCGGCGCGGGCGGGCGCUUCUCACAACUUUAGUUUUGGCGUCUGAGGCGAGUUUCUGUCUCAGUCGGGCGCAGCCGCCGCCAGGGAAAAGAAAGGGAGGAAGGAAGGAACAAGAAAAGGAAAUAAAAGAGAAAGGGGGAGGAGGGGAAAGGCAACGAGCUGUCCGGCCUCCGUCAAGGGAGUUGGAGGGAAAAAGUUCUCAGGCGCCGCAGGUCCGAGUCCCUCGCAGCCCCCCUCCCGAGGCGCAGCCGCCAGACCAGUGGAGCCGGGGCGCAGGGCGGGGGCGGAGGCGCCGGGGCGGGGGAUGCGGGGCCGCGGCGCAGCCCCCCGGCCCUGAGAGCGAGGAGAGCGCCGCUCCCGCCGCCCAGCACCGCCCGGCCCGCAGCCGUCGCCGCUUCUCCACCUCGGCCUGUGGAGCCGGGGCGUCCGGGCGGAGCCCUCGCUCGCCUGGUUUAGGGGGUGCGCGUCGGGAGAGGCAGAAGCCAUGGAUCCCGGGCAGCAGCCGCCGCCUCAACCGGCCCCCCAGGGCCAAGGGCAGCCGCCUGCGCAGCCCCCCCAGGGGCAGGGCCAGCCGUCCGGACCCGGGCAGCCAGCACCCGCGGCGACCCAGGCGGCGCCGCAGGCACCCCCCGCCGGGCAUCAGAUCGUGCACGUCCGCGGGGACUCGGAGACCGACCUGGAGGCGCUCUUCAACGCCGUCAUGAACCCCAAGACGGCUAACGUGCCCCAGACCGUGCCUAUGAGGCUCCGGAAGCUGCCCGACUCCUUCUUCAAGCCGCCGGAGCCCAAAUCCCACUCCCGACAGGCCAGUACUGAUGCAGGCACUGCAGGAGCCCUGACUCCACAGCAUGUUCGAGCUCAUUCCUCUCCAGCUUCUCUGCAGUUGGGAGCUGUUUCUCCUGGGACACUGACCCCCACUGGAGUAGUCUCUGGUCCAGCAGCUACACCCACAGCUCAGCAUCUUCGACAGUCUUCUUUUGAGAUACCUGAUGAUGUACCUCUGCCAGCAGGUUGGGAGAUGGCAAAGACAUCUUCUGGUCAGAGAUACUUCUUAAAUCACAUCGAUCAGACAACAACAUGGCAGGACCCCAGGAAGGCCAUGCUGUCCCAGAUGAACGUUACGGCCCCCACUAGUCCACCAGUGCAGCAGAAUAUGAUGAACUCGGCCUCAGGUCCUCUUCCUGAUGGAUGGGAACAAGCCAUGACUCAGGAUGGAGAAAUUUACUAUAUAAACCAUAAGAACAAGACCACCUCUUGGCUAGACCCAAGGCUUGACCCUCGUUUUGGUAAAGCCAUGAACCAGAGAAUCAGUCAGAGUGCUCCAGUGAAACAGCCACCACCCCUGGCUCCCCAGAGCCCACAGGGAGGCGUCAUGGGUGGCAGCAACUCCAACCAGCAGCAACAGAUGCGACUGCAGCAACUACAGAUGGAGAAGGAGAGACUGCGGCUGAAACAACAAGAACUGCUUCGGCAGGUGAGGCCACAGGCAAUGCGGAAUAUCAAUCCCAGCACAGCAAAUUCUCCAAAAUGUCAGGAAUUAGCACUGCGUAGCCAGUUACCAACACUGGAGCAGGAUGGUGGGACUCAAAAUCCAGUGUCUUCUCCCGGGAUGUCUCAGGAAUUGAGAACAAUGACGACCAAUAGCUCAGAUCCUUUCCUUAACAGUGGCACCUAUCACUCUCGAGAUGAGAGUACAGACAGUGGACUAAGCAUGAGCAGCUACAGUGUCCCUCGCACCCCAGAUGACUUCCUGAACAGCGUUGAUGAGAUGGAUACAGGUGAUACUAUCAACCAAAGCACCCUGCCCUCACAGCAGAACCGUUUCCCAGACUACCUUGAAGCCAUUCCUGGGACAAAUGUGGACCUUGGAACACUGGAAGGAGAUGGAAUGAACAUAGAAGGAGAGGAGUUGAUGCCAAGUCUGCAGGAAGCUUUGAGUUCUGACAUCCUUAAUGACAUGGAGUCUGUUUUGGCUGCCACCAAGCUAGAUAAAGAAAGCUUUCUUACAUGGUUAUAGAGCCCUCAGGCAGACUGAAUUCUAAAUCUGUGAAGGAUCUAACGAGACAUAUGCACCUGAAAUUUCCAUAAGCCAGUUGCAGUUUUCUGGCUAAUACAGAAAAAGAUGAACAAACGUCCAGCAAGAUACUUUAAUCCUCUAUUUUGCUCUUCCUUGUCCAUUGCUGCUGUUAAUAUAUUGCUGACCUCUUUCACAGUUGGCUCUAAAGAAUCAAAAAAAAGAAAAAAACUUUUUGUUUCUUUUGCUAUUAUAACUACUGUUCAUUUUGGGGGCUGGGGGAAGUGAGCCUGUUUGGAUGAUGGAUGCCAUUCCUUUUGCCCAGUUAAAUGUUCACCAGUCAUUUUAACUAAAUACUCAGACUUAGAAGUCAGAUGCUUUAUGUCACAGCAUUUAGUUUGCUCACCAUUUGUUUCUUCAGCUGCCUUUGGCCAGUGGAAAAACAUGAUUUACUGGUCUGACAAGCCAAAAAUGUUCUAUCUGAUAUUAAAUACUUAAUGCUGAUUUGAAGAGAUAGCUGAAACCAAGGCUGAAGACUGUUUUACUUUCAGUAUUUUCCUUUCCUCCUAGUGCUAUCAUUAGUCACAUAGUGACCUUGAUUUUAUUUUAGGAGCUUAUAAGGCAUGAGACAAUUUCCAUAGAAAUAUAUUAAUUAUUGCCACAUACUCUAGUAUAGAUUUUGGUGGAUAAUUUUGUGGGUGUGCAUUUUGUUUUGUUGGGGUUUUUUUUUGGCGGGGCGGUGGGGAGUGUUGAUUGGUUGGUUUUGUCGGAACCUAGGCAAAUGACCAUAUUAGUGAAUCUGUUCAUAGUUGUAGCUGGGGACGGUUAUUAUAGUUGUUUUGGUAAAAUCUUCAUUUCCUGGUUUUUUUUACCACCUUAUUUAAAUCUUGAUUAUCUGCUCUCUCUUUUAUAUACAUAGACACACCCAAACGUAACAUUUAUAAUAGUGUGGUAGUGGAAUGUAUCCUUUUUUUAGGUUUCCCUACUUUCCAGUUAAUUUUUAAAAUGGUAGCGCUUUGUAUGCAUUUAGAAUACGUGACUAGUAGUUUAUAUUUCACUGGUAGUUUAAAUCUGGUUGGGGCAGUCUGCAGAUGUUUGAAGUAGUUUAGUGUUCUAGAAAGAGUUAUUACUAUGGAUAGUUCUAGGGGAGUGCUCCACGCCCUCUGGGCAUACGAUAGAUAUUAUCUGAUGAAUUGGAAAGGAGCAAACCAGAAAUGGCUUUAUUUUAUCCCUUGGACUCCCUUGGACUAAUUGACUCCCUUGGACUAAUUUUUAAGUCUCGGUUGGAAAUCACUGAGUAGGUUCAUAAUGUGCUUGACAAAUAAGCUUUAUAGUGGUUUACCUUCAUUUAGCUUUGGAAGUUUACCUUUACCUUAGUUUUGGAAGUAAAUUCUAGUUUGUAGUUCUCAUUUGUAAUGAACACAUUAACGACUAGAUUAAAAUAUUGCCUUCAAGAUUGUUCUUACUUAUAAGACUUGCUCCUACUUCUAUGCUGAAAAUUGACCCUGGAUAGAAUUAUAAGGUCAUGAGUUAGCUGGAAAAGUGAUCAGAUUAAUAAAUGUAUAUUGGUAGUUGAAUUUAGCAAAGAAAUAGAGAUAAUCAUGAUUAUACCUUUAUUUUUACAGGAAGAGAUGAUGUAACUAGAGUAUGUGUCUACAGGAGUAAUAAUGGUUUCCAAAGAGUAUUUUUUAAAGGAACAAAAUGAGCAUGAAUUAACUCUUCAGUAUAAGCUAUGAAGUAAUAGUUGGUUGUGAAUUAAAGUGGCACCAGCUAGCACCUCUAUGUUUUAAGGGUCUUUCAAUGUUUCUAGAAUAAGCCCUUAUUUUCAAGGGUUUAUAACAGGCAUAAAAUCUCUUCUCCUGGCAAAAGCUGCUAUGAAAAGCCUCAGCUUGGGAAGAUAGAUUUUUUCCCCCCAAUUACAAAAUCUAAGUAUUUUGGCCCUUCAAUUUGGAGGAGUGUAAAAGUUGGAAGUAAGAAGUUUUAUUUUAAGUACUUUCAGUGCUCAAAAAAAAUGCAAUCACUGUGUUGUAUAUAAUAGUUCAUAGGUUGAUCACUGAAUAAUUGACUCUAAGGCUUUUAUUAAGAAAACAGCAGAAAGAUUAAAUCUUGCAUUAAGUCUGGGGGGAAAUGGCGACUGCAGAUGGAGUUUUAGAGUAGUAAUGAAAUUCUACCUAGAAUGCAAAAUUGGGUAUAUGAAUUAUAUAGCAUGUUGUUGGGAUUUUUUUUAAUGUGCAGAAGAUCAAAGCUACUUGGAAGGAGUGCCUAUAAUUUGCCAGUAGCCACAAAUUAAGAUUAUAUCUUAUAUAUCAGCAGAGUAGCUUUAGCUUAGGGGGAGGGUGGGAAACUUUGCGGGGUUGUGAAGAUUUAGGGGGACCUUGAUAGAGAACUUGAUAAACUUCUUUCUCUUUAAUAAAGACUUGUCUUACACCUUACUGCCAUUAAAGGCAGCUGUUCCUAGAAUUUCAAUCACUUAAGUACACCCACAACACAAUAAUAUGGAGGUCUUCAUUUCCCCUCGACUUUAAUUUGCCCAGUUAUACCUCAGUGUUGGAGCAGUACUGUGAUACCUGGCACAGUGCUUUGAUCUUAUGAUGCCCUCUGUACUGACCUGAAGGAGACCUAAGAGUCCUUUCCCUUUUUGAGUUUGAAUCAUAGUCUUGAUGUGGUCUCUUGUUUUAUGUUCUUGUUCCUAAUGUAAAAGUGCUUAACUGCUUCUUGGUUGUAUUGGGUAGCAUUGGGAUAAGAUUUUAACUGGGUAUUCUUGAACUGCUUUUACAAUAAACCAAUUUUAUAAUCUUUAAAUUUAUCAGCUUUUUACAUUUGUGUUCUUUUCAGUCAGGGCUUCUUAGAUCUACUUAUGGUUGAUGGAGCACAUUGAUUUGGAGUUUCAGAUCUUCCAAAGCACUAUAUGUUGUAAUAACUAUUUUCUAAAUAUAGUGCCUUUAAAGGAAAAAUGAACACAGGGAAGUGACUUUGCUACAAAUAAUGUUGCUGUUUUAAGUAUUCAUAUUAAAUACAUGCCUUCUAUAUGGAACAUGGGAGAAAGACUGAAAAAUAACAGUAAUUGUGUAAUUCAGAAUUCAUAUCAAUCAGUGUUGAAACUCAAACAUUGCAAAAGUGGGUGGCAAUAUUCAGUGCUUAACAAUUUUAUAGCGUUGGUACAUCUGAGAAAUGAGUAUUCAGGUGGAUUUUAUCCUUGCAAGCAUGUUUUUAUAAGAAUUGUGGGUGUGCCUAUCAUAACAAUUGUUUUCUGUAUCUUGAAAAAGUAUUCUCCACAUUUUAAAUGUUUUAUAUUAGAGAAUUCUUUAAUGCACACUUGUCAAAUAUAUAUAUAUAGUACCAAUGUUACCUGUUUAUUUUUUGUUUUAGAUGUAAGAGCAUGCUCAUAUGUUAGGUACUUACAUAAAUUGUUACAUUAUUUUUUCUUAUGUAAUACCUUUUUAUUUGUUUAUGUGGUUCAAAUAUAUUCUUUCCUUAAACUCUU